GUUGUCAAAACAAAACGGUUCAUUACUUUGAUACGCCGUGAAACAACCUGGGAAUACAAAUUGUAUAAGAGACAACAUGUCAGCACAGGCUGUUAAAAAAUUAUCUGUAACCACAAACACUACUAUGGAUUUACUGGGCUUCUCUGAGGAAAUGAUUAAAUCAAGAGGUGAGAUAGUAAAACAAUUAGUUUCAAUAUACACUGACAAGUUACAAACUUUCGGUCCAUGUAUUAAGAUGGACUGUAUGGUCACCGGGAGUGCAGGAGAAGGCAUUUCAGUAUUAGGUAAAAGUGACAUUGAUUUAAUUGAAAUAUUUCGCAAUUUCCUUUGUUUGGACAAUGCUCAGGUAGAAAGUGAACUUUGUAUGAUUCAAACGAUUACAGCGGAUUCUCCGCCGGGUUAUACUAAACUUAAUCUUUUAAAAAUGAAUUCUAAUAUAGCUGCAAUGGGUUUGUUAGGUGUCAUUGCUGAAUAUGACUUAAGAAGUGGUCAAGUGUUACUUCAUAGUACCUGCAUACGUAAUUUGUUUGAAAUAGUUAGAAAUACACUCGGUCCAUAUCUUGAGAAGGAUGGCGCAAAAACAGAAUUACGGAAACAAGAAGGACCGUCCGUUCCUUCUACUUAUCAUCUUAGAAUGCCUUUGAUGUCGUGGCUAGAUGCAUCAUGUGAUUUUGACUUUGUGAUAGCACUGCCUUAUAUAUCGUCGACAGUAUUAGAUUCUUGGAGGAAACGUGACAGAUUUUGGCCACCACAGUCUGUUUGUCAAGACAUCAUUGAUACAGAGGCGUACGUUGUUCCAGUUGGUGCUAGUUGCAGCGAGAAUCAGAAUUACGAAUGGAGAAUUUCCUUCACAACAGCUGAAAAUCGUCUUGUGUCUCAUCUCAAUCCGAUGCUAUUAAAAAUUUACAUUUUAUUUAAAAUGGUGAACAAGUAUUUGAUUAAACCAAAAAGUGAUAUUCUCACUUCCUACAUGAUCAAGAAUGUUAUGUUCUGGAUGCCAGAACGUAUUGGUCCAGGUUCGUGUAAUUCUUCCGAAAGACUGAUAAACUUUCUGCUUCAAGCACUCGCUUUUCUACUAAACUGUUUACAUUCUAAAUUUCUACCUAACUAUAUGAUACAAGAAAGAAAUCUACUGCUUGGGAAAGGAAAACCAUGUGACAUUACACAGCUUACAUGUAUCAUAUCAAAUCUAUUGGACACAGGUGGCUUUUUCAUUAUUAGGAUAGAGAAGCUUAGAGUUAAAAUAUUGUCCAUUGAAAAAUGUUUAACAGAUGCUAAACGAUUUUCUGAAAUGAGAGACAAAGUCGAGAUAAUGCUUUUGCGAAUGAAUCUUGGCAUAUUAACAAAGCUGUCCCCUGAAAAAUUUUGUCAGUCAUCAUUCAUAUAUGAUGCUAUGUUUGAAAUGUUCAAAGAUCCUUUGUUCUUCGAUGUUUUGUUUACAUUGAUGAAAUUUCUGAAUCUAGAUAUGAUAUCUUUAAUUACUAAUCCACAACAAAUUCGUAAAGCUAUAAAUGAUGUUUUGUUUUCAUAAAUAGACAUGUGUACGUGUACAAAAUGAGAUUUUUUUACAGAGAUUGAAAACUAUCACAUUACUUCAUUAGUUUUUCAAGAAAGAAAGGAAACAGGAAAUCAAUUCCAGAUGUUAAAGAGAUCAACAACAUUGACAUAGACAGUUGUAAACAUUAAAAAAUGGAAAAUAAAUGUUUUUAAUUGUAGACUCUAAAAUAAUAAUAAUGAAAUAUACAAUAAUGAAUCGAUUAUUGUUUGACGGAAAGCUUUGUGAAAAGACAAAGAACAUAUAUAAUAGAUUUUUAUUGUAUGAAAGUUACGAUAGUCACUAUAGUAUUAAAUGUAUAAAUGUUGGUGCCAUAAGCACUCUAACAUUUAUGUUUUAUACUUAUGUAUUUUAUUUGCCACCAUGUAAUUCCUCUAAACGAAUUUUAUAAAUGUAUAUAUAUCAGGGAAAUGUUCUAAUUGCAAGUUUUUCGAAAUUGAAUUCAAGAUUGAUGAGAUAUAUGAUUUUAUCGUUGGUAUAAAAAAUGUGUUCGAUGAAGGUUGUUCAUUUCAUAUAAAUGUCAAAAGAGAAAUGUUGUUCUAUUGAUAGCAGCACAUGUAUUUUGAACUGAAGAAAUCAGGUAAAGUAUGUCUUAACAUCAGUUUUCACUAGGAAU